UUUUUAAGGCUAACAACAUUGUCUCUGUUGAUGUGUCGCGAUUGUCCAAUUUUUAAUAUCAAUAUUUUGGAUUUUUAUGAAAGAAAAUUUGUAAUUUCUAACUUAAUAGUCUAAAUUGAAUAUUUAUAAACUUAUUACAUCUUUCAAUGAUACGGUCAUGGACGAUAGUGUGUUACAAUCUUCCAGAAACAUGGAAUCGAGUAGUUCCACUUACACCGACAUCGACGGAGACCACCCAAAGGCUAUUAUCCACAUUGACAUAGAUUGUUUUUACGCGCAAGUAGAAAUGGUGCGAAAUCCGGAAUUGCGCGGCGCACCGCUCGGCAUCCAACAGAAGAACAUUGUAGUGACGAGUAAUUACGAGGCGAGAAGCUUCGGAGUGAAGAAAUGUAUGCUCGUGUCGGACGCUAUGAAAGUGUGUCCUAAUAUGAAACUAGUAAAUGGCGAAGAUUUACACAACUAUAGAACAGCAUCAAACAAGAUUUUUGCAGUUCUACAGUGUUGGAAAUGUCCAGUGGAGAAGUUGGGUAUGGAUGAGAAUUUUAUUGAUGUCACAAAUUUAGUUCAGGAAAAGUUAAAGAGUGUAAAUACUGCAGGGCUCGCAGUCUCCGGACACACUUACAGCGAACCCAGUAUGGAGUGCCCUUGCGGCUGUCACGCUAGACUGAGAAUAGCAUCACAAAUAGCCAGUGAGAUGAGGAAGAAAAUAUUUGACGAUUUAGGUUACACAACUUGUGCCGGCAUUGCUCACAACAAGUUGUUGGCUAAACUAAUCUGUCCAUUGCAUAAGCCUAAUGAUCAGACUACUAUUUACCCUGAACACGGGACCAGUUUCAUGUCCACUCUAUCAAGUGUCAGAUCCAUUCCAAGCAUAGGUUCAAAGACCACAGAAACACUUAUUUCACACAAAAUCAUUACCGUGAGUGACUUACAAGAGGCACCACUGGAGGUGCUCAAGAAAAUCUUUAGUAGUGAUAUGGCAGUCAGAUUAAAAAACUUAGGUUUAGGUGAAGAUAAUACUCCCGUAAAGCAAACUGGUAAGCCUCAGAGCAUAGGGCUAGAGGACAGCUUCAAGACUGUAAGUGUGAAGAGUGAGGUGGAAGACAAGUUCUCAGCCUUGUUGCAGAGAUUGCUUGUCCUCAUGAGGGAAGAUGGUCGCAUUCCAGUUUCACUUAGAGUUACGUUAAGAAAGAGAGAUGCUAAAAGGCUGAGCAGUCACAGGGAAUCAAGGCAGGCACAGAUCUCACCAUCUAUUUUCACUUUGAACAAUGGUUUGUUGACAGUCACUGAUGCUGGCCAGCAGAAACUCAUGAGCAUAGUGAUGAGAUUAUUCAACAAACUAAUUGACUUGUCAAAACCAUUCCAUUUAACUUUAGUGGGACUGGCUUUCACUAAGUUCCAGGAACGUAUGACUGGAAGGAGUUCCAUAGUUAAUUAUUUUAUGAAUGAUAUUUCCGUCCAAUCAGUACUCAACUUACAAAAUGAUUGUGAUACAUCUGCUACUUCGAUGGAUUACUCUGCAGUGUCGCCCAGUAGCAGCACUACAACAGAUCUCUCUGAUGCUGAAGUGGAGCCUUCACCUAAAAAGCCUAAGAAAGUAAAUUGGAUAGCAAAACGAAGGUGCCUAGCAAAAGAGGAAGUUGCAUCUCCAAGUAAGCUAAAAGUUGGCGAGCUCAGGUUGAACUCAAAGGAGCUGGAGAAGGUUUCAGAACUAAGACUGAACUCCCGUGACAGGUCGCUAACUCCGAGAGCCAGUCCUGCAAAAGAUAAUUUGUCAGAUGCAUCUGAUUCAAUGAAGGACAUUGAAGAGGGUGCUUGUGAAGACUGCCCCAGUUAUGUUGAUAAAGAGGUGUUCAACGCCUUGCCUGACGAAAUGCAGCAGGAGCUGAAGGCUAUGUGGAAGAACCCCGCUGGUGCAGACAAGCCUAGGAGUAGCCCCAGAAAGAACAAAGCUAAAACAAACACAAUAAUGAAAUAUUUCGUUCCACAAAAAUAGUAUUAUUUAAGAUUUUAUGUUGUUAAUCAUUUUAAGUGAUAAGUGAAUGGUUUCUAUUUUUUCAAAUCAUACAAUUUUAUUCAACUGAUCAAAAUACAUGUUUAUGUUAAA